CAAUUGAAGUAUAUUGGCUUUAUGAGAAAUAGUAAAUCCACAACAGAAUAGGGAGAUAAGUGAGUUUUCAGAAAACGUAAACAAAGUGUCACGGCAACAAAGGGCUUUCUUCUAAUUUCUUCACUAUAUACUCGCUCGGACGGCAAGAAGAAGCUACAAUGGAGGAAACUGUCAACGGUGGGGGUCAGCAUGAGGAGCCAAGGGGGACCAACGGUCAAGUGAGCGACAAUGGCAGCAAUGAGACCGAUGCUGGGGGACUUGGGCAGGCGGGUGUGGGUGGCAUGCCCCAAGGCUUUGCGAGAAUGUCUGUAGACCGUGACGCCGCACGCUACAACAUGAGCCACAAGCAGCGUGGUCACUGUGUCAUCUUCAACCACCGCCACUUUGACCAGCACACAGGGCUUGGGGAGAGGAACGGCACAGACCGUGACCGUGACCAGGCACAAGCACUCUUCACUAACCUGGGAUUCCAAGUGACUGUCUACAACAACCUCAGGGUGUAUGAGGUCAAGGAGAAAAUCCAGGACCUCGCUUUCGACGUAAACCACUCGGAAUGCGAUGCGCUGGCAGUCGUAUUCAUGUCGCACGGGGAGAAGGACGUUCUCUGGGGCCGUGAUGGCACGUUUAAUCCUGAUUACCUGUUUGAGAAUUUCAAAGCUGACCAGUGCUCUACCCUCGCCGGGAAGCCGAAGCUCUUCUUCAUCCAGGCAUGCCGUGGUGAGGGUCUGGAUGCAGGUACGACCCUAGUGCAACAGAAGACCCGGGAUGAGAUUGACUCUGGCUACCAGGCUUACAAGAUUCCCAACACGGCUGACUUCCUGGUGUGCUGGUCCACUAUACCUGGUCACUUCUCAUGGCGUAACACCACCAAUGGCUCGUGGUUCAUUCAGUCACUGGUUAAAGUGCUGACCCGAGACAGUGGACACGACGACUUGCUUUCCAUGAUGACCAGCGUGAACCGUAACAUGAUUUUGAACUUCGAGUCCAACUGCCCAUCUCAACAACACAUGCAUGGGAAAAAGCAAGCUGCCUGUAUUGUCUCAACCCUGAUGCGAAAGGUGUACUUUACGCCAAAGUAUUGACUGUCCCCCGAGCAUAGGGAAGGAGGAGGCAGGUCUGACGCUGUGCUCAGGGAAGUAAUAGAAGAGGCCCCAAUAGCCAGAGCUGAAGAGGUGCAAGAACAAGAACUGGGAGGUGCACUCGUGGCCCCCAAUACCAGGAAGAAGCCCAAGAAGUUCUCUAGGUUCCUCCAAGGAAUCUGGCCCUUUGCAUCAAGGAAGGAAAGGCCAAAAGAAGGCCGGAACCAUAAGCCUCUUUGGAAGUUUGGCCGGCGUGAAGGAAGCUCAACAGAUCAGGCACAACUAACUGCCUCAGAGAAUGGAAAAAGAUCCAGACAUUCCUCUUUCUUUGCACGCCACAGGAGCAUCUGCCUCAGCUGUUGUAGGGUUUAAAAGAAGGAGUUGAACAUGCAUGCAUUUGCUGUACACGAGAGAAAUGCAUGUUUUGUGUAAUAUAAUGGUAUAUUAUAAAAAAAAAAUAUGAUGUGCUUUCAGUAGUUAAACACAAUUUGACAAUUAUAAUAAUUAUUGUAUUCCCAAUAGAAUAUUGAUUGCUCAUUCAUAUGCUCUAAGAUGCAGUGAUACACUGAUUCACAAAGUUGGCUCAAAUUUAAUGUCUUUCAAUGCCCACCAGUUGGCUAUAAUUAAUUGUGCAAUUUUUGUCAGUUGUGCAAACAAAUAGAUAGUUUUUCAUUAGAUGUUUGUCUGGUGAUUGUAAAUCAAUAAGACAAUAGUAGAAGUAGGUAAGUGCUUGCAGGAGAUUUAGCAUUCUUUUGUAGAUAUUAGGACCUGAGGGCAUUUCUACAGUAUUGAAUAUAAUACCCUUAGGACAGAACACGACAGAUUGUGUGCCCACUUGCGGUGCCUUACAUGAAAACUGCCCAGUAAACUUUACAGUACAACCAUUGCAUAAUUACCAUGUCUUUCAUCGAAGGCACUUGUACAUUGGUGACUUUUUAAAUGUGAUUUGUUGUAAUUAAGAGAUUCAAUUGUCUGUCCUGUACAUGUAUUAAUGUUAUGAUUUUGUGUAGAAAACAGAGCUCGUAUCUCCACCUCAUAAUGAGAUUUCACGUGAUCAUGUUUCAUUAUUUUUGUCUCGUAAACUGAGAGUUCAAAGUGCCGAGCCCAUUGUCUUUCUGGGUUUAGUUUUAGCUAGGACCAUGUAGAUCAAGAGUCCUUGCCCAACUCAUAAUAUAUUUUCAUAUAAUAUGUAACAGGUAACAAUCAGAAGGUCCUUUGAGUCGCGCACUGCUGCAUCCUUUGGAAAUAGGUCUAAUUUUCAGUCAGAAAUGGAGAGGAAAGUAAAGGACAGUUUGCCAGUAUUCUAAUUUUAAUCUGCACUUGUGUUGGAGCGAGGCUAAAGCUAAUGCUUGCUCAUCUCAGCAUUGUAUUUCUCAGGUUCCUUUAACACUUCUUCAAGGGGUCUAGGCACUGAAUAUGCUUAAAUGUAGUUAUCAGUUUUUUAAAAAUAAGUUUGUUUCUUAUCAUUUGAAAAUGUUAUAUAUCUCUUACACUGUACAUUGAGGGGGGAAAUGUUUUUUUUGCCAGCAGAGUUAAAUGAUUGCUGGAACUUGUUUUUCAAGAUACAAUUUAAUUCUUGUGGCAAACUUGUGGUAGAAAGCUGCAUUAGGGCUUAUUAUAGUGGAGAAGGAUAUUGGUUUGUCAGUUUGCGUUGAAAAUAUAAUAGGGAAUUCAAAUACAUAGAUCAACGAUGAACAACAAUGUUCAUUUUGGUCAUUCAGCAAGGUUUAUUAUCUAUGUACAACACAAAUUAAGCUUUAGUUUAGCUUCCACUGACAAAUGAAAGAUAUGCUGCAAGUUUUGAAAUAAGCUGAACUUUGGAUAAUGCCAUUUCUGUUUUUAAAAUGAGUCAUUUUUUUUCCAGAGUUCUGUAAUAAUAAUAAAAAUAACACAAAAGGGUUAAACAUGUUUACAAAAAUGCAUUGCUGUUAUUGCACACUUAAGUAAAUUCCAUAGGAAUCUGAUCAAAAGGUACAUUAUUUUUUUUAGGAAUUGGUUCAAUUAUUAUUAUUAUGUUUUAGGAUAUUUGAGUUGAAGCUAAACCACAAUCCCGGUGAUUAAUGGAAGUAUGACAAAAUUUUUGUGUGUAUUUCCAAUGCGAUAAAUGUUUUUUGUUUAUUGUAUGUUGUAAAUGUGCUAUUAUUUUUCCCCCCAGGCUGCCAUAAGGUUAUAUAACAGAGAAGGUUUCUCGCUGUUCAAUUUGGAGUAUUAUUACAACUUUUCAUUCAUGGUGAUUGAGAGUUGAUUGACUUGUGUCUAGUCUGAGCUGUCUGCCGGUGCCACAAUUACUCUAAUUUUAUUUCAGGUGUUGUUGGGAAGUCUGAGGGUAUGUCCCAUCAGGCUUUAUUAUAUCACUUUUUUUCUUUUUUGUUUAUGUUAGAUAUCAUUAUGUUAACAUUUUGUUCCCAUUUAAGUAAAUUGGGAAUGGAAGGCAUUUUCCUGAGGUCAAGAAAUCUGAGGAUAAAUCUGUAUGAAAUGUAUUUUGAAAGACAGAUUUUCAAUAAGAAUUCAUUAAUAAAUUUUUUGAUGAUUUUCCA